GUGUGUGUGCAUGAAACCUCGAUGUUUUGGUCCGAGUUCCGAAAUGCGGUAAAAAGCGGAAAACAUUUUUGGCCCUUUUCGUGCGCGAUUUAAGGACAAACUACACUUCCGCCGAGACACCUUCCUUGGAAUCGGAAAACUAUAGGUACGCGGGAAAGGAAAAGCCGUGCCUCGAGCGUGUAUAGAGAGUACCCCACACACGGACUAGGGAGAGUCAAAUAUGUCCGGAUUAGAGUCUUACGUGAACCACACCGUGUCCAUCAUCACGGCCGACGGGCGAAAUUUUGUCGGCACGAUGAAGGGUUUUGAUCAGACGAUCAACAUCAUCCUGGACGAAUCGCACGAGCGCGUUUACUCCAUGAGCACCGGCAUCGAACAGGUCGUCCUCGGGCUGCAUAUUAUUCGAGGGGAUAACGUUGCCAUCAUCGGACUGCUGGACGAGAGCGUGGACAGCAAGCUGGACUUUUCCGCGAUCCGUGGUGUGCCGCUGGAACCGGUAGUGCACUGAUUGUGGAACGACCGGUUGGUGGGCGAUAGAUUUACUGCAGUUUAAAGUUGUACCAUACUAUGCACUUUUCGUGGACUUAUUUGGUAGAACAGAAUUAUGCUUAAGAUGCUCAAUUGCAAAAAGUCACCCGGUAUCAGAAGUCGCUGAAUAUCGGAAGCCGAAAGGAUCCGUUACUGAUAUCGAUUUAGGCAUAAGUUUUCCUCUCAUGGCGGUUAAUAAAAAGUGGCUUUAAUGCAGAGCCAUAUCACAAUUGUA